UGAACUUCCGGUGUACUUCCUGUAUUUUGAAUAUUGAGAAAUUCACCUUGUAUAGUUAGUAUAAACAACCAAAAACGCCUAUCGAGUCAGAUUUGCCGUCUAUUAAGUCAUCAGUUCUUUUGGACACGCCGUACUGGACUAUCGUAGAGUGGUGUUUGAUGGAUUAUAUGCAGCCAGCCGAACUUUCCCCCCCAAAAUUAAUCCUUUAAAUCGGCAGCAUAAGAGAAUGUCACGUCUUCUUCCAGCAUAAAUUAAGUUUGACUAUGACUAAUUUAAUGCGUCUGUUAUGCUUUUACUUGCUCUAAGUAACAUUACCGCCAUGGACACCGAGCGAAUUGUAAUUCGAAUAAAGACACCCGACGGAGACAUGGACUCAACCGUGGACUGUCCAUCACUUCUGAGCUUCAGUGAUUUAUUGAACGCCAUAAGGGAUGUAAUGCCGGAAGCGACAAUCACGGCGUUUGAGUAUGAGGACGAAGUGGGGGACAGAAUCACAGUCAGGAGUGACGAGGAACUAAAGGCGAUGCUCUCCUACUACUGCAGCACCGUCAUGGAGCAGUGCAUGAACGGCGUCCAGCCCGAGCCACUCCACAUCUUCCCUAGAGCCGGGAAGACUCCAGGGAUCCGGAACAUACAUGGCCUGAAGGUGAACACGCGUCCCAGCUCCGCCAGUAGCUGUGGCCCCGCCACCGUGGAGAAGCUGCCCAACAAUAGCUUGAAGAAAUCAUCAGCAGAGCUGAAGAAGAUUCUGUCCAAUGGCCAGAUAAAUGAGCAGAACAUUCGAUACCAAGAGCUCCUUGGCCACGGGAACGGCGGGACAGUCUACAGAGCCUAUCAUCUCCUGGGCACGAGGGCCUUAGCCGUCAAGGUGAUUCCCCUGGACAUCACAGUGGAGCAGCAGAAGCAGAUCAUGUCCGAGCUGGAGAUCCUGUACAAGUGUGAUUCUCCCUACAUAAUCACCUUUUACAGUGCAUUCUUUGUUGAAAAUCGGAUCUCCAUUUGCACAGAGUUCAUGGAUGGGGGCUCGCUGGACGUGUACCGGAGGAUCUCAGAGCACGUUCUGGGCAGGAUCGCUGUGGCGGUGGUGAAAGGUCUCACGUAUCUUUGGAGCUUGAAGAUUUUGCACCGAGAUGUGAAGCCCUCCAACAUGCUGGUGAACACACGGGGGCAGGUGAAGCUCUGUGACUUCGGGGUCAGCACCCAGUUGGUGAACUCCAUCGCUAAAACCUACGUGGGGACCAACGUGUACAUGGCGCCUGAGAGGAUAUCGGGCGAGCAGUAUGGCAUUCACUCGGAUGUGUGGAGCCUCGGCAUCUCGUUCAUGGAGCUCGCUCUGGGCGCUUUCCCUUACCCACAGAUUCAGAAAAACCAGGGAUCUUUAAUGCCUCUGCAGUUAUUGCAGUGCAUUGUUGAUGAGGACCCCCCUGUCCUUCCUGUGGGCCAGUUCAGUGAGACGUUUGUUCACUUCAUCACACAGUGCAUGAGAAAGCAGCCCAAAGAGCGACCAGCACCCAACAACCUCAUGGACCAUGAGUUCAUCAUGCUGUACAACGACGGCAACACGGAGGUGGUGUCCAUGUGGGUGUGCCGCUGCCUCGAGGAGAGGAGGGCCCAGCAGCCGCAGCCGCAGCCGCACAGUGUCAUGUGACCUGGCGUGACACAGUGGGGGCAGCUUGGGAGAUGGCAGUGCCACUUAGGUUUUUUUUCCUUUCUUUUUUUUUUAAAUUUUAAACCUUUUGCAAAUCCCAAAAUGGAUGAGAGAACCUCGCUAGACCUUCUGAAGCAUGUCUGUAGUCCACAGUGCCUGAGGUUCAGUGCUAUAAGAUGCCUCUGCACAAACUGGAGGUGAUCAAGAGGAGAAACAGGAAUGGACGCAAGUGUGGCCUAUUUGCUACGCCCCCGGACACCAGAUGGGCUACGCACGGCGCAGGCCUGGAUCCACUUCUGCGUGGCCACACGGGACAGCCCACAGAGCUGCACAGCCCAGGAGAUUAAAAGACAGUUUUUGGGACAGCUCCUCUCCCGCACCAGUCACGCUUCGUCCAUGCAACGUUUUCCGAGCAUGGUCCUGCAUGGUUUGCCUUCUCGUUCACCGAUCAGGCUGUUGCCAUCAUCAGGUCCCGCUGUGGGUCAUCUCCGUGACCACCGGUAUGUUUCAGGUGGUUCAGUGCUGUAGAUACCUGGACGGGCCCUGUCAGACCCGAGCUUGGCUCUGAGCUCUGCCGCAGUUCUGGACCCUCAGCUGUCGUCUUGUACUGCAUCUUCACCUUUAAUAGCUCAGAGCACAAAUUAAUGACCUAAACAGGCUUUAAGGAAACAAACAAACCCUUCCCUUCUUUCUUACAUUUUUCUUGGUGGUUAUUGACAUUUCAAACAUAUUGCUGUUAUAUAGUUAAAUUGUACAUUUCGGCUACUGCCUGAUGUAGCGUAAUAAACAAGGUCUGAAUAUCACACACAAGGUUUUAACAGAAGUGCUGUAGUUGGCUGAAAUACAAAUGAAUGUUUUUCCAGUAAACCAAGAUCAGCUUACCGGUCAGCCGGAUUAAAACGUUAAAAGCUUUAUCCUAGUAAGCAAACUGGGUUUUCUUCAGGGUAUGACAGCUCACAAUCUACUUAAUGCUAACUGAUCAAAGAGGUUUUGCUGUGGAGAAUUCAGACCUAGGGAGUUAUUGCCAACAUCCCUUUAUGUUAUGUCCAGUGCGGUCCAUUAGGUAACCUGACAAACCUCAGUGCUGCUUCCACCUGAAGUGUAUCCCCGGAGUCCAUAUGUGUGCUGUUGGUAUGUUUGUUUUCAGUUUGUUCGGUAUUUCAUCGGGUCUCCUGAUUUCUGUAAUAUUUAGAAUAUCUCCACGUUGCAUAACGCCUGAAUCACAAAAGGUUUCGGCAGUGCCGCCAGUUUGGCCAAAAUGCUGGCAGCUGAUAUUACCCCCGCUGUCCAUUCAAUUCGCCCUGAGCGGAAGCUGGGCGCCGUAAUUUCCCGCCGUUUUUACAAGAACAAUUUUCCUGUAUAUACCUUUGACCGCUAACUUCCUUUUCUAUUGUUUUAUUUUCUUUUGUAGUUAAACGUAAUCGUGUUUCAAAUCCAACGAAAUAUAUUAAUAAUGUUUAUAAGCGAGUAAUUGGCAAAAAAAAACUGGUUCACAGCUGAAACUUUUUUUGUAGGUAACUCAAUAAUGACGUAUGUCAGUAAGACCCAGCUUACCCAUCAGUCUUUUUUCUUACAA